ACUUCUAUAGAAACGACAAGACAAGAGGACGCAUCAGGCAACAUUAGCCCGUAGUGCUGGUAUGAGUGAUACUGGCUUAAGUGUUGAUACGAAAUGAAUUUAAUGUUUCGUGCAUUUUUUAACAUUUGCAAAGAAUUCUGUGCAGUGCUGCGAAAACAUUGAACAACAGUACGUGAAGUAAACGUUCAUUACAUGAAGCAGAGCAAUGUGCAUGAUGACUUUUAUGUCAACCUUUACUAAGCGUUUCAUUGAAGAACGUUGUUAGAACUACCUCAACGAAAAUUGUCACUCUAACAUCUUUUUCCGGUAUUAUCGGCAGACUGGCAGAAGUGGAAUGCGGACAUAACUAAACAGUUCAACUCCAACUUAGCAAGUGUGCAAGUGAAGCUCCUAGUGCAAGCAAAAAUGGGUAUACGUCACCUGCACACGUUUAUGGAAAAGAAUGGCGGCUUUUACACUGUGAACAUGGAGCAUGAAAUUCUAAAAGCGAAGCAAUUCACCGAAAACCCUUUAUCGAUAAUCGACAUGAAGGCGUUGCACGCUAUAUUUAGUACCGACAAACGUAGCCUACUGUGCGGCAGUCAGUUUUGGGUAGUGGAACAUAUGGCAGAUACGUUUUUCAAGCGCUUCACUGAUGCUGGUGCUGUACUGGUAUUUUAUUACGACGAAACACUCAAAAUGAACGAUAAGAAUGGAUCGCUAACCAGAAUGAAAAGUACGAUCGGAUGAUCAACAUACAACACAACACGUGCAUCAAGUUGAAGAACGUGGCCAAACGGCACGGCAAGUUUAUUGUCUCCAAGGACUUGAAAUGUGAUCAAGCGUUGGCGAUUUACGCCACCAAGUUUAAGGCACUGGCGAUCGUUACGCACGGCACCGAUUUCCGCAUUUUUGAGGGCAGGUGGCAGCUGUGGCACGCGAACCAUAUCGAUGUGAACAAGUUGAUUACGAAGGUCUACUGCAAGCAGGAGCUACUACGCACGCUUGGUUUGCAGUGGCGUCAGAUGGCCAUAUGGGCAACGUUGGCUGGUAACAGUUUCUUCAAAUACGACGAGCUGGUACCCUUUCUAGGCGAGUUUGGCCCAAACAAUCAAAAGUUUUAUCGAUUGGCUGAAUAUGUGCGACAGUUGCCGCUGCGAAACGGAAAGCUAGAUGACGAUACGGUACACUCGAUACUGGGGCGGGUGUACUGGAACAGACAAGUACCGCCCGAGGCUUACGAAAGGUUUCGGCAAAGUGUUGCCUUCUAUCAGGUGAAUGAACCAGUGAAGGAUUCGCAGCAGAACGACGAUGAUCCUUACGCUUACUUACCGAUCAUUGCACGCAUGGCAGGUAUACUGCUCUAUCAUCACAAGGACGAACGGCAGCAUGUAACGCUGGCCAUAAAGCGCAACCAUCAUGAGUCACACUCGGUCGUCACAGUUCCGGCCACGUUCCCUACUGCCAUUACACCACCCCCGUUAAUUGAGUUGAUUUCAAAGGAUGAAAGUGUACAGGCCUCGUCGCUCGAGCGUAAACUACAACUCUGGCGCUGGGUUUGUUCCGACGAUUUGCUCGACGUGGAAGAGUUCAAUACCGUGCCACCCGCGUUCAUGUGCACGGUACUUACCCUGUACCGCUUGAGGCAGUGUGGCGCCAUCCGCAUAUUCGAAGCGGAUCUACUUUUGCUCAUUGCUCAGCAGCUUUCUAAGGGUGUGUUCGAUCUAACGCUAGAACCUCAUCCACAGCGCCUGAAUCCAAGAGCCUUUCGAUUGGCAUUUGUAUUUCAGAAUGUGUACCACCAUAUGGCUCGGGUGGCCAAAGUGCUUGGUCUGUCCGAAGAGUACCGAUCGAUGACACCAUACGAUGGACACCGGUUCCACAAUAUGUAUAACGUGUGGACAAGCUUGAAAGUGGAAUCAGAGUUCCAAUCGAUCGGCGAAUGGCGUUUUUACAAGAAUGCAAAUAGCACAUAACGUAUCGACCGAAUGAAUCACACGUUCUAGUGUAGUUGCAAAAAACUAGAAUAAAAAUCUUCUAAAAAGCAUGUUUUGACACCUUAAAAUUUAUUUUUAUGUUAAAUUUUUUUUUUAUUUGGUUUUAAACCUUAUUUUGGGAUAACUGAAGAGAAUAUACUUUUAAAGAUUAUUCGUGAUUUUCAAACGGUAAAAACAUACAUUGAUGCGUAAACGUUAAACAUACAUUUGUUCUCUCUUGAAACUGUGAACAUGAAUCUGUCUGGUAUUGGAAACGAUUCAGUUCAUGUUUCGAUCCAGUAACUGGUUCUGCAGGUCCACGAACCAUACCGAUAUUCAGAUUAGAAAUUCAACGAACAAAUUAGUGAAAACAUCCGUAGGAAGGAUUCGGAAAUAGAGUAUGAACUACAGCUAAGUUUGCAUUUAAGUUAAUUUGGUCAGGUUGCAGGACUGUGCAACUUAAUUUGAAA